AGAUCAUUACGUAAGAUACCCCACUCUCAAUUCUUAAUUCAUAAGUAAACAACAAGAUAAGUCCCCAGAAACUCCCACACCUCCGAAGCCGAAGAGGUCCUAACUUUUUGAGCUUAAUUGUGAUUUGAGAGAGAGAGAGAGAGAUGUAUGUGACAAGGCCUCUAUCAAUGUACCGGAAAUCUCCAAGCACCCUUUCGACAAAGCCACCUGAUGCUCCAUAUUCAGGCUAUCUUGUAAUUACAGAUGAAGAGGCAGAAGCACAGGAUACAUUUUGCUGGGGUUUAUGUAAGCGUAAGAAAGUUAAGAAGCUACCAUUCCCUCAAGAUAGGAUCUUGACCAUUGUUUAUUCACCUGAGUAUGGAGAAACAACUGCCACUAAGGUUUUGUUUAUCCCAGUUCUUGAUAAACCUCUGUCUUCUAACCGGUACUACGUUAUCAGAGCAAAAGGAAAGUACAAAGGAAAAGCAUACAAAUGUUCACGAGAGGGAGACGUCAUGGCAUGUUGCUUUAGCGAAAUCUUGAGUGACAGAAAACCAAAACCUUUUAACCUCAAAGACCUAUACCAACAAGUUAAGAUACACAGCCACCAAAGUGGUGGUUUCUUUGCCAAGUCUAUAGCACCUGAUGGCAUUCCUCCAAAAGUCCUAAGAAGAAAAGGAUGGAAAGUUCGUAGCUCGAGUUUAUAUCGAAUACAUCUAAAUGAAGCUCUAGGCCUUGACACUUCAAUCCGAGCACUUCACCCGGACUUCAAUUUUCCCAUCUUUAGAAAGCGUUCUGCUCCUGUUAUUGUGGGGAAAUGGUAUUGUCCGUUUAUAUUUGUCAGAGAGAAAGGCAGACUAAAACACCAAAUGAAGAAGUCCAUGUUCUACUCCAUGACUCUUGAGCAAAAGUGGGAAGAAAUAUAUUCAUGUGGGAAUGUUGUUGAUGGAGAUAAUGAUGUUGUCAUUGUGAAUGCUGAUGUACAAAGAGAAGUGAGUUUAGUUUCUGGUAAGGAAGCUGUGAAAGAUGAUAGAAAUAUUCAUAAUAAUGGGUUCAUUUGGUUUAAAGUUGAUAACCAAAAUGGUAGGAGAGGAGUGGUGGGUGUAGGUUUAAGUUCAGCAAUUGUAGAGAACGUGAAAUGGGUGCAAGAAGAAGGUGGGUGGGUUAACAAUGGAGCAGAAAGGGAAGUGAGAGUGGAGAGGGUAGAACAAAUUAGAAGUGAGAAUGGGUGGCUAAGAUUUGGUUGUUAUGUGCUGGUGGAGAGUUUUGUUUUGAGGAGAAUGGAUGGAAGUUUGGUGCUGAAAUGGGAUUUUAGGCACACUGAUAAGAUUCGAUGCAAAUGGGAAUGAGGUCUGUAAUGAAUUUGCACACAUAGUACAAAAACUUUAGCAACUUUGUAAUUAAUGAAUCCUUUAUAUGGUGCUUUGUAUUACUCGUUUGGGACU